GCCGUAAGGGCCUUGUGAUGUCACAGGGUCAGGUGACAUGCUAAAGUCAUGUGGCAUUGACUACCAGUCGACUUGUCCCUCCCGUGACGUAAUAUCUGUGCGCUUUCAUUUUAAAGUACAGGUUUGAGAAAAAAAAACAACUAUGGGGGUGACAUGUGUCACGCAGUUUCCAUUGGCAGAAGGGAAAAGUGUGCAGCAAACUGUUGAAAUCCUUACUCGCAAACUGGAGCAGCUGGGAGCUGAGAAACAAGGGACGUUCUUUGUGGACUGUGAGACCUACCACACUGCAGGGACCACUGUGGGGUCAACAGGUCAGUCUGGAAAACUUCUGUACAUCAUGCACUGCUCGGAAUACCCCCUCAGUACCUUCGCUCUGUUUGAGAAUGGUCCCUGCUUAGUUGCUGACCAGAACCUGGAUGUACUGAUGAUAAAACUUAAAGGAUUCUUCCAAAAUGCAAAAGCCAACAAGAUGGAGACACGCGGCACGCGUUACCAGUAUUGUGAUUUCCUUGUCAAGAUUGGCACAGUCACUAUGGGACAGAGUGGUCGAGGGAUAUCUGUAGAGGUGGAUUAUUGCCCUUGCGCUGUGCCAGGGGACUGCUGGAAUCUGAUGGUGGAGUUUAUGCAGAGUUUAAUGGGUAGUCAUGCGCCAACAGUUCCUCCUGUUUUCAACUCCAAACACGAUGCACUGUAUACACCUGCAGACACCAUGGUGCAGUACAUGGAGCUGCUUAACAAGAUCCGCAAGCACCAGCAGGGAACAGUGACUGGAAUGAGAUUAUGAGACUUGCACAGCUCUCUAUUUUUUUUAUGGAAAAGUUGACCUCUUCACAACAAAGGCCUUUUGGGUAGGAGGAAGGAUAUUUUUAUUGAAAAGGACUUUAGAUAUCUGUUGCAGAAGUCUUUUUGAGUAGCUGAUAGUGUACAAGACAAAAAUAGUUACUUUUCAUGUAUUUUUCAAGUGGACGUCUUGUUGGCAUCAUUGUAGAUCACUGUUCCAAAUAAUGUACAAAGUAAAUGACACCUUGUGAAAAGGGUAAUACAUCAUUUAAUAUGGUAUUACAACAAUAUUUCAGAUGGUCAUUGUGUUUUAUACCUUGGUUUCUAUAAAGACUGUUGAGAAAAUGUGGACAGUUUGGAGGUAUAGCUAAGGCUGACCAUAUCCACAAAUCCAGCCUAAACAGUUGUCUAUUUUUAAAGUGUAACUAACCUUUUGAACAUGUUUUUAUAAAAAAAAAAAAA